AUGAGCGGACGGCUUAUAGCUGCGGCCGGGCGUCUCCCGUCGACGCGUUCGGCCGCCGUCCAAGCUGCUCGCCAGUACCACCACCUGCCGUCUGGCGGUCUGCUCCGCGCAGACGCCGCCGUACGAGCGACCCGCCGACGCAUGUGGUUCGGCGGCAACGCCUUCCACAAUGCAGUUAUCGUCCGGAAUGCCUCCUUCGCCCGCUUCCUGCCCAAGCUGGCAGCCAAGCUCAUCAGGGUACCUGCCAUGGCCGGCGGCGUCACCAUCGCUGGGCUGGCCUGGGUGCAAUAUCAGGCGACGCAGGCCGGCAACUACGCCUGGGACGUCCUCACCACGGCGAAAGAUGGCGUGUCCGGUACCGCGGCGACCCUGUUCGACGGCGCCAAGGGCAUCGCCGACCAGACCAUGAGGGGAUGGCAGAACACGAAAGAGCAGGUCGAGCUGCCAGAAUGGAUGCAGAAGGUGCUCCGGUUGCAAGAGGAGGUCGGGACUGGAAAGCAGGGCGGCGGUGGUCCGGGAGGCGAGGAACCCCCGAAGCAGAGCAGGACCGGUGCUGCGGUGGCUGCCGGCGCCAGCGCUGCUGCGUACGGCUACGAGCAGUCGACCGAGGAUGACCCUCGGAGCGAGGACGAGAUGGCCAAGGACGACCAGAUGAUGGUCCUGACCAAGAAGAUGAUCGAGAUCCGCAACAUUCUCUCCAAGGUUGGGCAGUCGAGUACCCUGACGUUGCCAUCCAUCGUCGUCAUCGGGUCGCAGUCCUCAGGAAAGAGCUCCGUGUUGGAGUCGAUCGUGGGGCAUGAGUUUCUGCCCAAAGGUUCAAACAUGGUCACGCGGAGACCCAUCGAGCUCACCCUCAUCAACACGCCUGGAAUAGACGCCGAGUACGGAGAGUUCCCUGACCUGGGACUCGGCAAGGUCUCGGACUUCUCCUCCAUCCAGCGAACUCUGACCGAACUCAACCUGGCUGUGCCCGACUCCGAGUGUGUGUCGGACGAGCCCAUCCGUCUGUCCAUCUCGUCUCCCAACGUACCCGAUCUGUCGUUGAUCGAUCUGCCUGGAUAUAUCCAGGUUGUUGGCCAGGGCCAACCUCUGGCCCUAAAGCAGAAGAUCUCUGAGCUUUGCGACAAGUAUAUCCAGGCGCCCAACGUCAUACUGGCCAUCUCCGCAGCUGACGUCGAUCUGGCAAACUCAACAGCCCUCAGGGCGAGUCGCCGAGUCGACCCCAGAGGCGAGCGCACCAUUGGCGUUGUGACCAAGAUGGAUCUCGUCGAUCCAGUGCGAGGCUCGUCGAUCCUGAACGACAAGCAAUACCCCCUUCGUCUUGGAUACGUCGGGGUUGUGUCUCGGAUCCCUACCACCGCCGGCUUGUUCAAGAAGGGCAACGCCAACCUGACGUCUGCGAUCGCCAAGAAUGAGAACUCCUACUUCUCCGCUCACCCCCUCGAGUUUGGGCCGGGCGCGGAUGUCAGCGUGGGGACUACAACCCUGCGCAAGAAACUCAUGCACGUGCUCGAGCAGACAAUGUCAGCAAGUUUGCAAAGCACAAGCGACGCCAUCCAGCAGGAGCUUGAAGAAGCGACAUACGAGUUCAAGGUUCAGUACAAUGAUAGACCCCUCUCUGCAGAGUCAUAUCUUGCCGAGAGCCUCGAUGCCUUCAAGCACUCUUUCAAGCAAUUCGCCGGCGACUUCGGACGCCCGCAGAUGCACGAACUGCUCAAGAAUGAGCUCGACCAACGGGUUCUUGAUCUACUGGCAGCGCGGUACUGGAACAAGCCGGUGCAUGACCUUUCAAUUCCUAUCCCAGAGCCGGACAACCUGGCGGAUCUGCCAAAGGCGGACCCCGAUUCUCCGUUCUGGCAUCGCAGACUUGAUGCCUCAACCUCGUCUCUCACCAAACUCGGUGUCGGAAGACUCGCUACAAACGUGGUCGCAACAUCAAUCCAGUCACACAUUGACCGGCUCAUCAACCAGUCGACCUUUGUCAACCACCCCUUUGCGCAACAGGCCAUCACGGAAGCAGCCUCGAGCAUCCUGAAUGACAGGUUCUACAGCACCAGCGACCAGGUCGAGAACUGCAUCAAGCCCUUCAAGUUCGACAUUGAUAUGGAGGACCGCGAAUGGGCCCAUGGACGCGAACACGUCCAAGGUGUGCUCAAGAAGGAGCUGGACGCAUGCGAGGGCGCCAUGAAGGGCCUCGAGACAACUGUUGGCGGCAGAAGGAAGCUCAAGGAGGUCAUGACAUUCGUGGACAAGGCACGCAAGGGCGAUGUCAUUAUCGAGGGUGAGAGCUCGAGCGGAGCCGGAGGCUUCAGCGCUGCUCUACUCGCUAAAGGUCGGGAAGCGGUUUUCCUCCGUGAUCGUGCCGACAUCAUCAAGAUGCGUAUGCUCGCCGUCAAGUCGAAGCAGUGUGCCAACAUGAAGAACAAGUAUCACUGCCCCGAGGUUUUCCUGGACGCCGUGGCCUCCAAGCUAGCCUCCACCGCAGUGCUCUUCCUGAACGUCGAGUUGCUGUCUGAGUUCUACUACAACUUCCCGCGCGAGCUGGACACUCGUCUUGGCCGACACCUCUCCCCCGAGCAAAUCGAGACGUUUGCUCGAGAGGACCCCAAGAUCAAGAAGCACCUCGAGGUCAUUCGGCGGAAAGAGCUGCUCGAGCUUGUGCUGGAGAAGAUGCAAAGUCUUAGACAACUAGAAGGGCUGGAGAGAGAACGAGCCAAGCAAAACAAAAAGCCGAAGGCCAGCGAGAAGCAGAAGGGUGGCUGGGGGGCCUUGAGUCUAUCUGGUGUCUUUUCUCUUAAAACAACAGUCUUAAGUGGCUCCAACGAAUUGCCCGCUCGCCCAGCGGAUUGUGGUUUCCAGACUGGAGUGUCUCCAGGUCCCCCGAAACGGAAACCAUCCGCCUCCGCGGCCCCCAAGGAGCGGCAGUCCAAGCUCGCCAAGGAGCACAACAUCUCAGCGCGCGAGGAGGCCGAGAUCAAGGAAGCCUUCGCGCUGUUCUCCGAACCCAUGGACGGCGAGAAGGAAGGCGUUAUCCCCAUUAAUGAUGUACGGCGCGCCAUGGUCGCCUUGAACCUGGGUCCCACGAAACCCGAGCUCAAGGACUUCGUGUCCAUCCUCGACCCGGACGACGAGGGCUACGCGACGUACGAGCCGUUCCUGGCCAUCUGCGCCCUGAAGCUGCACCAGCGCGACGACGACGCGACGGACGAGGCGCACGCGGCCGAGGUGGACGAGGCGUUCCGGCUGUUCACGGGCGGCGCCGAGGGGACCGACACAACGCUGACGUUGGCGCACCUCAAACGCGUAGCCUUGACGCUGAAGCAGGACGUGGACGAGGCGCUGCUGAAGGACAUGAUCCUGGAGGCCAACGGCGGCGCCGGCGUGGGGAAAGGGGUCGGACGGCAGGACUUUGAGCAGGUUAUGCGGCGGGCUGGCGCUUGGAAGUGA